UGUGUGUGUGUGUGUGUUUGGUUUGCAUAAUGUAAUCCCAGCGGAGCAUCGCCCCGCAGAGGUGUGAAUGCAUUAGUGCACAUGGAUACCGUUGCUAUGUUUUCGCCGAGCCCGCUUCUCACAGUGCAAACAAACGUGAUCCUGGGAAUUUUUUUCUGAAAUAUCAGGGCAGCCCGGACGGUUAGCGCUGUCACGCACUCGGCUGCGGGGUGUUGUGAAAGACAAGUGAAUUUCCUGUGUGCGCGCGUCGACGCAAAAAUGGCACAAAUGCAAAAAAGGGGGAAAAGGUGAGAAAGGUUUAAAUGAAAAUUGUGAGGGAAAAAAAAAGGCCUUCUCAAAUGGAGAUAUUUCUGCAGGACUUAAGUGAUUUCCAGAAUGAAAGCCGGUCUGUGCAGGAUUUUGGAGAUGUGGUAAAGAGUGUGAAGUGACAGACGGGUAAGUCCAGAACAUCCUUCCUGGUACGCAAAGUGCUGGUUUCACAAGGGAGACUCCAAGAGGAAACUUUAGAAUGUUUCCCGGCCUCCGCUGCACUCUGUACUGGCUACAGGGGCUUUGUACUGGGACAGUGUGCAGAAACAACGGUGGGAAUCUAGCCGCCGUCUGCGUGGAGAUUUGUGACAUUUCUACACUAGGUGCACGACUUUGAAUCAUGAGGACCCCCAAACGCAAACACAGUGACAUGUCUGAUCAGAUUCAUGAAAUAUUGCUGCCUAGAGUCCACGAUUUGAAAUCUAAUUCAAAUCAAAAGAACACAGAAUUUCAUUUAAAUGAAAUGUUUCAUUAUGUUAAGUCGUACAUACUAAAACACAGCUAAUUUGCAUGGAACAUGACAACACAGCACAAUAUGAUUAAUAGUCUGGCUGAAUAGUGUGAAUUAUACAUUUAUCUCGGGAUCUCGGCUCUCAUUUUAAAAAAUGUCUUCAAAUGUGGUCAAUUAGGAUAAAAGUGUGAAGUGGAAAAUAUGCAGCGCUACGUUGGUUCGCCACUUGAAACGGAUAAUUUCCCCGGCGCAGAAGGGAAUUCUUCAAGAGCCAGACAGGGGCCGUCUUUCGCUCAUUCAUGCCCAUCGCGCUCAUUCAUUGAAGUUAAUAAUGGCAUGUCCCCUAACCUACAUCACAGGUGAAAAUAGGUGUCUAAUAGGAAACUACAAGUUGUCAUUCUGAGUGUCUUUUGGGGGGGGAUUUUUCUCACAAAAGCACGGCUGCGUGUGAUUUCCCUUGCUUUUUCUAAGAUAAGUCAAUUGGAAAUCCCCGCCGAGGCUCCGCCCAGCGAGCGCACAAAACCCAGCGCGUCCUCCUGCGCUGCACACUCUGCCCUGACCUCUGCGUAGAGACGGAGCCGAGUCUUGUGACAGUCGCAACAUGGUGGACAUACACAGAGUAUCCAACCACGUCCAAAUGGAUUACGACCUGGACAACCGGGAGGCGAAGCAGGGGAAGAUGCUGCCGUGCCACGAGGACCGCCUGGACAGCGGCCUGGAUUCGCUGAAGGAGGACGAGCUCGUGAACCAGUUCCAGGACAUGGCCGUGGACGCGGUCCUGUCCACGAGCCUCCAAGAGGAGUACGAGCCGUGGAGGGCGGCGGUGACGGACGACGGAGACACGCUUCUCCACCUGGCCGUCAUUCACGAAGCCACGGAUCACGCGCUCCAGAUGAUCAGACUGUCCCACAAUCACCCUUUCCUCAACGUCCAGAACCAUCAGAGACAGACCGCCCUCCAUCUAGCGGUGAUCACGGAGCAGCUCCAGCUCGUGGAGAAGCUCCUGAAGGCCGGCUGUGACCCGCGGCUGGCCGACGACAGCGGGAACACGCCCCUGCACAUCGCCUGCAAGAAGGGCUCCCUCGCCUGCUUCGGCCUCAUCACCCAGAACUGCCAGCGCCACCUCGCCUCCAUCGUGUCCUUCCCCAACUACAGCGGACACAACUGUCUCCAUCUGGCAUCGAUCAACGGCUUUGUUUCGCUGGUGGAAGGUCUUGUUCAACUGGGUGCUGAUAUCAAUGCACAGGAACAGUGCAGUGGCAGAACGUCGCUACAUCUCGCUGUGGACCUCCAGGACUCCACGCUGGUCCGCUGCCUGCUCGACCUCGGCGCCGACGUGAACUGCUUGAACUACGGCGGCUUCGCGCCGUACCACCUGACCUACGGGCGGCAGAACGAAGAGAUCCGCUGCCAGUUGUACGCGAGGACGCCGCAGGCGCUCAGGCAGCUGCCCGACAGCGAAUCGGACGACAGCGACAUGGAGGAUCUGGACCUGUCGGACGACGAGCUGUAUGACGACAUCAAAUUUGGGAAGUAAACAGAACCAUCUGUGCUGGUGUGAAGAAGAGUGAUGCUGCUAUGGGCUGCUCAGCCCCGGCCCCCGGUGAGGGAUACCCGCCCCCCCCCACCAGAGCCAAGUCCACUAGUGCUGGCCCUGGGAUCACAAACAUGAAGAUGGCGUCUAGUUUGGUCAAGUCUGGUCCAGAUCACAGAAGUCUAUGGCACAAGCAAGGCCGUGACCACGUCGACCACAGUCCUAGUGUACAAUGUAUAAAUAUGUAUUGAUGCGUGUGUGUGUGUGUAUAUAUCAGACGUAAUAUAUUGUAAAUACAGAUAUUAUUUUUGUACCAAUGUACAUGUGCUGUGAAUUUAAACACUAUAGAAAUGUUCUGAAUAAAAAAAGUAUGGUAUGACUAUAAAAUAA